GGCGUCUGUGCGUAAGAUGCCAUGGGAUGACGUGAAGGAGGAGCUCAAGUCGAGCCAUAACUUUGUACCCCUCUGUCUUCAACACUUGAAGUGAAUAUAAAUUUAGCCGAUGUGUUUAAAUCAGCUGGUUUAAAUGGAUAUCUGAAGUGCCAGGCUGACGUUUCGUUCACUUCCCGGACAGCUGAUCGACUGGAUCAGGAAAAAUGCAAAGCGGCUUGUCGUUUUCUGACAGUGAUGUUUCGUUCACCCCUCUGGUGGUCCUUGAGCUGGCUGAUGACACGAAAACAGAGGCCAUCACUUGGUUUCUAAACAGAAUCAGAGACAAACAACAAAAUGGAGGAGCGGAGUUGUUGGUGGAGCAACUGAUACUUCCAGUUCAAGAUGGUCAGAAGCCCAACCCGAACAUCAUGUUGGUGGGAUCCACAUUACAAAGGCUCUUAGUUGGAGCUGAAGAGGUAGGGAUGUUUAAAGAGUUUCAAGAUGGGACAAUGCGAGGAUUCACCUAUGCCAACAGAGAAAGCUUCAAAGACUUUGAAGGAGAUGGCGAUGGGUUUCUCAGUGUUGCGGAGUGUCAGUAUAUUGUCAAACAUGAGCUGGAGACGUUAAGGGCUAAGAAUGAAGAUAAUGUUCCAGGAUAUCCCAAACUUAAACUCUAUCCAGGAAAAUCAGUUGUACGGCGACUGCAGUCCAAAGGUAUCCUAGUGCAGUAUUUUCCUCUCCAUCAGAAAGACGAUCUCAAGAAACUCUCUUUCUCUUGGUACAAACGGAUCAAACUGACCUUCCAGCCAUUGGAUGAGGUCAGAUCUUACUUCGGCGAGGGACUGGCGCUCUACUUUGGGUUUCUGGAGUAUUUUACAAUUGCCUUGGUUCCCAUGGCUCUAAUCGGUAUUCCAUACUACCUCUUUGACUGGGAGGACUAUGACAAGUAUGUGCUGUUCGCUGUCUUUAACCUGGUGUGGUCUACGGUUUUCCUGGAAGUGUGGAAGAGAUACAGCGCUACGUUAGCGUACAGAUGGGGUACGCUGAGCCGCAGGAAAGCCUUUGAAGAACCGAGGCCUGGAUUUCACGGAGAACUGGGGUUUAAUCCAGUCACAGGACGAGAAGAACCGGUCUACCCUAGCUCCAGGCGGCAGUUAAGGAUUUACCUUGUCUCACUUCCUUUCGUAUUGCUGUGCUUGUAUCUGUCCUUUUACGUGAUGAUGGUCUACUUUAUGAUGGAGCACUGGGCCAUAAGUAUAUACAAUGACAAUCCAAACUUUGCAACCAGCAUCCUGCUGUUCGUUCCCAGUAUCAUCUACGCUGUGGUUAUCGAGAUCAUGAACUUACUUUAUCGCUAUGCAGCAGAGUUUCUCACACACUGGGAAAACCACAGACUUGAGUCUUCAUUUCAGAAUCAUCUUGUUCUCAAGGUUUUGGUGUUUAACUUCGUAAACUGCUUUGCCUCUCUAUUCUAUAUUGCCUUCGUAAUGCAAAACAUGGAGCUUCUGAGACACAGCUUGGCCACCCUGCUCAUCACCUCUCAAAUUCUUAACCAAAUAAUGGAGGCCUUCCUGCCCUACUGGCUGCAGAGGAGGAGGAACAAGAAGGCCCAUAAGAGAAUGAGGAGGCUAAUGGGUGACAAAGAGCUCCCUCUGCUGGAACAAGUUCAGCUAGAAACUGACAUGAACACAUAUCUGGGCACUUUUGACGACUACCUCGAGCAGUUCCUGCUGUUCGGCUAUGUGAGUCUUUUCUCCUGUGUGUACCCGCUGGCUGCUGUGCUGGUGGUACUGAACAACAUCACCGAGGUUUAUUCUGAUGCCUUCAAAAUGUGCCACGUCUUCAAGCGUCCCUUUUCAGUGCCAGCCGCAGAUAUCGGGGUGUGGCAGCUGGCGUUUGAGACCAUGAGUAUUAUUGCUGUGGUGACCAACUGUGCCUUAAUCGGUUUGUCCCCGAAUGUGAAAGCAUACUUCACCGAAUCAGAGACUCAGCUCAUCCUCAUCAUUGUGGCUGUCGAGGUAAUGCAGUAUAUUCUCUCUUACACAAUUGUCAUGACACAUGGUUGCAAUGCCCUGACAAGUUCAUUAGGUGGCAUCA